AUGACCCGCUUCCGCCCCUGCAUUGACCUGCACGCGGGGCAAGUCAAGCAGAUCGUCGGCGGAACCCUCGACAGCAAGACCAGCGAGCUGCAGACCAAUUUUGUCUCACCGCACUCGCCGGCCCACUUUGCGCGCCUGUACCGCAAAUAUGCCCUCGCCGGCGCCCAUGUUAUCAUGCUCGGUCCGGGGAACGGUGAUGCCACGCGUGAGUCGUUGGAUGCUUGGCCCGGGGGUUUGCAAGUCGGCGGGGGGAUUAAUAAAGACAACGCGAAGGGGUGGAUUGAAGCUGGGGCUCAGAGUGUCAUCAUCACAUCCUACCUCUUUCCCAACGGGACCUUCUCACAGCCCCGUCUCGAUGCUGUGCUGGACGCACUCGACGGCGACAAGGCCAAGCUUGUCAUCGACCUAAGCUGUCGACGACAUGGCGGCGAAGAGAGGUGGUUCGUCGCUAUGAACAAAUGGCAAACCAUCACCGAUAUGGAGGUCAACCAAAAAUCCAUCCGCCUCCUCGAACCGUAUUGUUCCGAGUUCCUCAUCCACGCCGCCGACAACGAAGGCCUCCAGCGCGGCAUCGACGAGGCCCUGGUCACCAAACUCGCCCAAUGGUGCAGCAUCCCCGUGACCUACGCCGGCGGCGGACGGAACCUAGCCGACUUGGACCGCGUCAAGGAACUGAGCGGUGGGAAGGUGGACCUGACGAUUGGGAGUGCGCUGGACUGUUUUGGUGGUAAGGGCGUGAAGUUGGUGGAGUGUGUGGCGUGGAAUCGACUGCAGGAAAGGGAGGAAAGGAAGAAGGAGGCGUUGAAGUCGGCGAUGGCUACGAAGUUUAUUGCCUACAAGCGGUGA